AUGUUUCUCGUGCUGCUAACGACCCUUCUGGGCAUCGCGAUCUCGUGGAUGGUGGUCACUAUCGUACGGAAUCGCGCUGCAGCGGCCAAACUAAGAAACCUGCUGCCAAACUUCACGUGCAUACCGUCCGUUCCGGUGCUCGGUUCGGCGUACCACUUCAAAGACCCGACACCUGAGGGCAUCUUCAAGACGUUCUCCAAUUUUCAUCGGUUGUACGGGCGGAAUCUCAUCACCGAGGGGCUGUUUAAUCAACCCUCCUUGCAGAUCUGUGACCCGAAGGUGAUCGAGCAGGUUAUGCAAGCGCGCACGAUCGAGAAAACGAUCAUCUACGACUUCAUGGUACCGUGGCUCGGCACCGGGCUGGUCAUAUCAACAGGCUCAAAGUGGGCCCAACGGCGAAAGAUCAUCACGCCCACGUUUCAUUUCAAAAUCCUGGAGGACUUUCUCGUGGUAAUGAACCACCAUGCGGACGUUCUCAUGCGAAAGCUGGAGAAGCAUGCAGGAGGUGGUGAUUUCGAUGUCUACGAGAACGUGACCUACUGCGCGUUGGACAUUAUCUCCGAGUCUGCCAUGGGGGUGAAGCUGAACACGCAGCAUCAGCCCCACUCUGAGUACGUCCAGGCGGUCAAAGAGAUCUCAGACAUCAUCUUCAAGCGGCUGUUUUCGUUGCUACGCGAGUACAAGUGGACGUUUCAGUUCACCAAAGCACACCGGCGCCAGGAGGAACUGGUCAAGGUGGUACACGGAUUCGCUCACCAAGUCAUCAGCGAGCGAAAAAAGCAACUGCAGGACGAACGCGAGCAGCAGCGCACGCAGGAGCAGCUUCAGGAGAACGAUGUGUAUGAAAAACGGCGCAUGACCCUGCUCGAUCUGCUGCUGAAUGUCACGAUCGACGAUAAACCGCUGUCGGAUUCAGACAUCCGGGAGGAAGUGGACACGUUCAUGUUUGCCGGUCACGACACGACCACGUCGUGUAUCAGCUUUGCAGCGUAUUAUCUCUCGCAGGAUCCUGUCAUCCAGGAGCGCGUGUACGACGAGAUACAGGCGAUCGUUGGUCCGGAUGCAAAGAGCCAAGAGCUGACGUAUGGCACGCUGCAAGAGCUGAAGUAUCUCGAGAUGGUGGUUAAGGAAACGCUUCGAAUCAAUCCCUCUGUGCCGAUCAUGGGUCGUCGAUCGGCCGGGGAUAUGAUCAUCGACGGAGUAACCAUACCGAAGGGUAUCGAUUUUGGUAUCUUCAUCUACGCACUCCACAACGAUCCCGUGCUGUAUCCGGAACCCGAGCGUUUCGAUCCGGAGCGGUUUAGCGAGGAUGCAUCGGCCCAGCGGCAACCAUACAGCUACAUCCCGUUCAGUGCCGGAUCGCGAAACUGCAUCGGUCAGCGGUAUGCCAUGCUGGAGAUAAAGGCAAUCCUUGUCAAACUGGUGGCCAACUUUCGGCUGCUACCGUGUGAAAAAGCCAACCAACUGCGCAUCAAGACCGACAUGACGUUGAAGCCCGUGAACGGAGCGUUCGUAAAAGUUGUCCGACGAUAAGCCAAGGAUAGAGCAGCAUGCGUUUCUCGUAAACCAGCGUCGAUAAGAUAAGCCCGCCUAAAGAAUGGCUGACAAAACAGCACAGGAUCGGCAAAUCCAUCCAUUAUCGGUUGAUGUGAUAAUUUUACCAUUUUC